AGCUCUACACGUUCGGACGCGUUGUCCUGAGGUUCCGGUUGGGGAAAUCGGUUUCGAGAAGUGGCUAGUCAGGGGUAAAAACAGUAUCCGACCAAUGACGAGUGGCGUCCCUGGCGGCCCGGAAAUUCAGAGCGGCUCCAUCGUGGAUCAUGGGUGGUCGCGCUCGUGGAGAUCACUGCAGCUAUUGAUGUCGGAUCGCUUGUGCCAUUUGGCGCCGAAGAGCUUGAUGUAGACAAGGGAAAAGCUCGUCCAAAUGUUGACUUCCAUAAACAAACAACAGGCAGUUGGUUGUACAAUAGUGGGUCAUCCUUCUCGGCCACCUUUUCAGCCUCCCCACGUCCUUACCGAAAGCUAAUCAGGCUUUACCCCUUGAACCGUUGGCGACACGUCCGCCGACCAAAGUCUCGUAUUUUCUCAUCAGACAAUUCACAAGCCACUGGCUUCCUUGCAAUGCGGAUUGGAGAGGGUUAGCUGAGCGCACAAUGGAAGAAGUCGGUUGGCAUUCCCCGGAGGACGCAAAUGAGACACAGCAAUCUCACGGUCGGUCAAAGCUGCGGGAGUCGUCUUUGAUUGAGCCUGUCAGCGCGGUGCCCUCCUUUUCAUCUUUCAAGAAGCGAACCUCGCAGAUCCCUAUUGCGAUAGCCUCAUCACCUGGAGGGAAGACGCCCGUGCCAGAUAAACCUUCACCUAGGGCCGGUUACUUCUCCUACAUACCCUCCCCGUCCCAGCCCCAUGAUGCAGCUCUGCGAACGAGAGCAUCCUCUAUAAACCAGUCGUUGCUGCUGCAGGAAACGGCUUUAACGGACGUUAACGCAACCCCUCGCGCGUCAGAACAACAGAGGCAGCUUCCGCAAGCUCCAGUCUUGCCAAAGGAUACCAGCAGUCCUGAACAUCUGCCCCCCGUUUCGUCUCUCGCCCUCUCUCCCUCCGGUGCACAACGUCGCAGCAUAAUCGACAGUCGUUUGCCGGUACCGUUAAGAUAUGAUAAGACAACCGCUCCCGGCCACCACACAAAUCCCAGCUUGUCGAGUCAGACGUCAGUCCCAGCCUCACCUCGAAGAGGUCGCUCAUCUACCAUGAGUGCCCAAAUGCACGCCCCUGCCAUGACCGUCCAGCUUGACGGCAUUCCCAGAUCAUUCACAGACGAGUCCAACGACUCCUUCCCCUCGUCGUCGUCUCCAAGGAGAUCGAAGUCCCCUGGCCGCAAACUCGGUUCCUUCUUCGGCUGGAAGUCGUCAUCUCCCAAUCUCGAAGCACAAUCACCAGCAACCUCCUUCUCCGACGUCUCAGCCUCCCCAGCCCAUUCUCGCAACACUAGUCACAUCGAUGCCACGCCUACAAACAUGGGCCUCUCACCACCUGCACUCGACUUCCACCAUCACCAUGCAGGCUCUCAAUCUCAGUACUUUGAACUGUCCAACACCCAUCCUCUUUCGACGUCGUCGGCCCUGAACGCUCAUGUAGAGGAGCUGGAGCGCGAACUCCAGCAGGUGAGUUCUGAACUCGCUGGUUCCAUCCGUCGGGAAAUGGACCUCGAGGAUGAGAUCGACCGCUUCCGCAGCGAGAUGCCCGCCGGCUCAAGUGAGCUUGGUCGAAGAACAAGCGAUUACUUCUCGGAUUCUGGCACCAGCUCCCUGCGCUAUCCUCUUGGCGACAGCGAAGCCAAAAUUGACGAACUGGAACGUCUCAAAAGAAAGGCAGAACAAGAAAAGGCCCAGAUGCAAGUCGACUAUGCCCAGAAGCUUGCUGAUGAGCUGAAGCUGAGGAAGAAUCUGGAGGCACAAGUCCAACAGCUUGAAGAACAACUACACCACAGCAGAGAUGGUACCCCAAUCGAAGAGGGCCCCAAAGACGAACGGGUUCGUGAACUCGAAGUCUUCCUUGACGAAACCCGUCGCCGUCUAAGCCAAGAGCGUCAGUCGAAAGAUAACUUCGAAGACCUCUUUGCCGCACUGAAGGACGAGAGCGAGAAGCACCGCAACGAACGCGACAAUCUUCGUGACGAAGUGGUCCCGGAGCUCAAGGCUAGAGUUGAGGGACUUGAAGCCGAAGCCGCCGAGAUUCAAUCACUUCGUUACGAGAACACAGGCAUGCAGCAGCAGCUGCAAGCCCUUCGCGCCGAAGUUCAAAUGCUCCAAGAGGCACAGGACAGCACCAAUCCUGACUUCAACGAGGAUGUCUUCGCGCCACCGCGAUGGCCCAAAGCAGGGUUGUCCCGAUCGAACUCUUUGGCUAGACCCUCUUCGAACGGCAAUCUUCGCCGGAGCAACUCAUUGGCGAGGUCUGGCUCAGUCAGAGAGCGCAGCGAGACUCGUCAACGUUCUGAUUCCUCCUCUGGUGACCGCCAUAAGGACAUCGAAGACCAACGUGAUGCGCUGCACCAAGCUCUCAAGAAUCUCUUGCGCAGAUACGAAGGAGAGAGACGCGAACAUGCAAAGACCAUGCGUAAGCUGGCAACGGAUCGCGACCGUGCCAGAAAGGAAACCACUGGCAGAACUCCCUUCACACGCGAAGUCAAUCUCGUUCGUUAUGAGAUCGGCGAGCUUAGAAAGCGCGCCGAUGAUGCACUCGAACAGAAAUGGCAAUGCGAGAGUAAUAUUGGCGGCGUGAAGAUGGCCCUUGACAGAGCGCAACAAGAGACACAGUCUAUGCGUGAAUAUCUGAAUGGUCGAACCAUAAGUGGUUCUUCUCGCAAGUCAACUUUCGAAGGACUUGGCAUUGAGAUGACCGAUGAUAACGUUGAACUUGGAGAAGAGGACCGUAAGACUAUGAUCAAGGUUCUCAGACAGAGCAUUGCCCUCGCCGAGACAGAACGCGAUGCCGCCCUUCGCGAGGCAGAAGAAUACCGCCAAAAGGCAUACAUGCUCCAGCAGUCCGAUGACGCGCACAUGGAUACACAAGACGGCCUUGCACAUCAGUUACUAGAAGCAGCCACACGCAUGGAGCAAUUGGCAUCGCAGGUUCAGGAGCAUCUGCAAGCCAACCUGCAACUGCGUGAACGUCUUGGUCAGGCAGUUGGCAAGGGCGAACAGUCACAAAGCGAAUCCACCGCUCUGAUCGUGGGUAUGCAAUCUCGUCUGAAAUUGAUGGAAGACAAUGUGGUUGCGGCUCAACAACUGUCGGAGCUUGCCCUUGUCAAUCACGAAGAAGAAGCAAAACAGAUAGAUGAUGCCAACAGCCCCAAGCUGCAACGCCUCAACGUGAAUGGAAAGACGGCAGCGUCUUCGGUACAGGCAUCGCCUCUUUUCGGAGUCAAGAGCCCCAAGAUUGGCACGAGCAGCGGUGGAAUGGCUGAGAAUCUCUUCGAAGCCAGCAAAACAGCGACGCUUGAACGCAGAGUCAAGGAGCUCGAAGCGGCUCUGGUCGAGGCAGACUCGGAGAUGCAGUCGGUGGUGCAGAGAAUCAACAGUUCCCAGUACGAGAUCGCCGAACUUCAAGGCGAAAGACACAUAGCACGAACUAACAGAUGCACAGGGAUGAAGCACAACGACAGAUGCGCCGUCUACAGGUCUCGAUCUCAGCCGAGAAGCAGAAGGCACAGGCGCUAUUGAUGGCGUAGAAAGCCUCUGGUAUGGUGGUUCGCUUGGGCAGACGCGUCGACAUGGAAGUUUCUUGUUCAAAUUCUUUGUACACGGUCAGGUUUUUGGCAUAGUUUUCGGUUGGAUUAUUUUUUGGACAUUAUACCCUUUUGGUGGAGAGCAGUGUUUUGGGUUCUGUAGGAAUGUGGCUGUGGUUCGAUUGGAUCAUAGUAUGCAUAGCAUUGGGGUUAGACAGCGAAGGUAGAAGCAAUUGCAUAGUCGUACAAGCAUGUGGAAUGCGGUAGCAUGUAUCGUGGGUGGCUUGUGGUGAUAUCGCACAUGCAUGUAACAGGAUUGGGCUCGGGAAAGAGUAGGCUGAUGGUGUUGUUUCAUCCCCAGACUUAGCGC